AUGUCUCGAAUUGUACCUCGAUUGGCACGCUUGCGCACGCGACCCUCCCUUAGUGAGUACCAAGAGAUUGAGACAAGACUCAGAAGCUUGCACUGGAACCUUCUUGACGACUCGAUAUCCGCCUAUCCGGCAAAACAAUUGUAUGCCACUUUGCAAUCAAUGAUCGAUCCCACAGCUCGAUUUAUGAAUGGCAACAUGGAAAGUUUGAAUAAACGCUUUUGCAAAGGGAAGGUGGUUCCUUACGGAUACUCUAUGAUCUACUGUAACCCCAUCUCUGGCGAGAACGAGCUGGGAUUCGAUGGCUUCGACAAUUACCAUGCUCCGUGCAGUGCAGAUAAAGACUACUUUUACAGGCGGAUGUGGGUUGCAGGAGGUUUUCAAUUCAAUCCAGACAGGCCCCUGAAGUUUGGAGAUGAAGUUCGUUUUACCGAGACCGUGGAUAAAAUGAGACAGUACAAGCGACUAGAGCAAAUUGGAGUGGACUACAAACGCGAGUACAAAGUGGACAAUGUGUGUCCAUUACAAUCCUAUCUAUGGCUCUCGGUACGAAAACUAUCCCUCGAUAAUAGUUUCUGGGCCAUUGAUGGUCCAGCUGAUGCUCCACUUUUGGCAGCAGCACAAUCCAAAUGCCACAGCACUUUCACUAAAGUACAAAAUCAUCAACCCAUCAUUUGCCAACGAAAGAAUCAACCUGUGCAUUAG